GAUACGCGGCCGGCAACCUUGUUUGUUUCUUGUUUCUCAAACUUGCAAUGAAAUAAUAAAAUAAAAAAAUAGGAUGAUGAUGAGGAUGAGUGUUUCAUGUCCUAAUGUGAUAGGUUAUUCAGUGCGUGGGGUAUGAAUGAAACCCGUUUGUGGUCAUGGCAAACCAUGAAUAUUGAAGGGGAACAAAAAUUUUAUUAUUUUGGCGUUACGACGCACGCCAUUACGCUUUUUUCCUUUUUUCUAUUUUUUUUCUUUCUUUUCUUUUUUGUGUUAUUUAUUAUUACUUUGGAGUUAUUGAAAAGGGAACGAAAAUUUAUGGGGCUGUAUCUCCUAAACCGUGCAUCGUAGCGCAAAAAAAUCAAAUAUUCAUUCCCUUGUAGGAAUUAACCCUAAAAAUAUAUUUACCAAACACAAAAAAGAAAAAAAAAAGAAAAUACGAGUACGAGUACGAUACAUGUGCGAAUAGGUAAUUCGCAACUCGUGUCGAUUUAAAACAUUCCCUUCCGUCGGGUUUUAAUUUAUCGCGACUCGUUGCGAAUUUCCUACUUUUCAUACUUUUAAUUAAAAAUUAAAUUCUAAAAUACGAAUUUUUAAUAGUACAUUGUGGCCCCUAGGUAUCAUACAUAUCCAUAAAAUGUACUGCAAUUUAAGCCUUGAUAAAUUUUAUUGAAACUGCACUUUACUUCAUACGGUUGUUAAUUUUUCACUCUGAAUUGUCGCUUUAUUGCAUUUCACAUUCAAUAUCGACUAUUUACCUUUUCAACGCUUUAGCUCUUUGUUUUGUAAUUUUGAUAUUUAAUUCGUACGGCAUUAGAUCGCUUUUACAAUGAACAAUCGGUAUAGGCUAUUGAAUGUUUAAAAUUUAAUAUCUUAUCGUUUUUGGUGCGAUUUACCUAUAUAUGUUAAAUUCUGGCUUCAUUUAUUUCGAGUUAAAGGACAUAAUACCAAAAUUGGCAAGUUAUAAAUAUUAUGUUAGAUUUUACUAGAUUUUUUCAAAUUACGAGUAAGAUGAGGUACGAUCAAGCUGAUUAGUGUUAUUUUUAGGACCUACUAUUAAGCAAAGUUUAGGUAGUCUUGUAGGUAAAUGGAAAAAUGUACUAUAAAUGAAAAAAUGUACUAAAAAUUUACUAUAAAUAAAAAUAAAACUUGACACGGGCUCUGCGAUAAAAAAAAAAAAAAAAAAAAAACAUUAAAACAAAUCUGAACCUUGUGACAGUCUGUUAUGUUUACUAUAAUUCUGUAGACAUGUUUAGUGGGUGAUUUAUACAUAAAGACUGAAAUUCAAUAGGGUAGAGAAAGGUGGGCAGCCACUUUACUAAACAUAGUUCAAAAAUGUGGUUCCAAUAAAAUAACGAGUGUGAUUUGUUUUCUAUACCUUCCAUGAAGGUAUACACAAAGCAAAAGCACUUCACAUUUGAUAUUUUUCUAUAAAAACUAGUUUAUCUCCAAAUAAUUUAUUAUAUGUAUACCUACACCAAAAAACUUACAACGAAUUAAAAUAUAUUUCAAUUCAACAAACGCCGCACAGUGCUGUAUAAUUUUCCGGUAAAACUCACGUAUGCAAAUAGUACAAAAACUACACAGAGCGAAAUAUGUCGGCAAUUAUACUAAACAGAAAAUUAAAUAUGAAAAUCUCUUUGUUCGGACGAGCGCGUGUCGAAUAAGGACGUAGAAACCAUACUGCGGCGAAAUGUGUUGUACUUUUUAGGUUAGAAUCGCGUACGCGUGACGUGCGCUCCUCUCCGCGGACGCUAUGUAAAUCCUCCUAAAUAGACGAGUGGCGUCGUGUAUUGUACUAUUUCUGCGACAUGCGUGACGGAAAAUGGGCUUUAUUGCCAAGCCAAUUGUGUUUAGUUUCCAUCUGUUGUGACGUGAUGUAUACAGGUUCCUUAUUUCAUUUUGUCGUGAAUAUGCUUUUUAAGACUUUUAUAAUAUAAUAAUAAGUCCAGUAAGUACCUAGACUUGGCUCACGAGAUAACCGCCAUGUGGGAUGUUGAUUCGACGAUCAUUGUCCCGAUAGUCGUUUCAGCGAAUGGUCUCAUAGCGAAGAGUCUCGACCAACACCUUGAGAGACUCUCGCUAGGUGGUUGGAUCAAGGGUCAGAUGCAGAAGGCGGUGAUCUUGGACACGGCGCGGAUAGUCCGCCGGUUCCUCUCUCUGCGGCCAUGACCACCGGCAGCUUGGGCCCUGCCCCGCUGCUGGCGGCACCCUAGGUUAGGUUUUUUAUAAUGUGUUUAUAUGUAUUUUGUAUUAUUUUUGUAUGAUUUGUUGUAUUUUACUUUUAUAUUCAUAUUAUAUAAUGCCUAAUCUAAGACACAAGAUAAAUAAAGAGAUAAUAAUAAAAUUCUUUAUUGUGCACCACUAAAGAAAAACUCAUAUUACAAACAAAGACAGGCUGUAUACUAUAAAAAAAGUAGGUAACGUUUAUAUGUAUACAUUGUUUAGACCACCUAGUUAACGCUAUACAUACUUCAAUAAACUUUAUCUUGUUAUAAGGACUUCUAUUUUUUACUGGCAAUCUACAGGAGAAACUGCAGAAAGAAACAAAUACUAAGUAUUCGACCUUUCCACGUAAUCCUGACCAUUUAACGUCAGACAUUCCGCAUUCAUCUCACAAUCCCGCAACAGAAGUAAUUUGUAAACAACAGACAUUUUAGAGAACACUCGCAGUGUGACACUCGCGUCUCGAACAUGUCUCAAAUACUGAGGGCUGUAUUAUUUGCCGCCUAUGUAGCGCUUCUCAUACAAUUUCUAAAACUUCUACGCACACAGCAGAAAAUAAUCGAAAUUGAAUACAUCGCCCGACCUCCCGGAAGUUACAAGAAGAUAAUGAGAGAAAUUAAAAAGAUUAGUGAGAAAAGUAAGAGCAAAUAUCAGUAUACAGUCUUUGAUAAGACCUUUGAGAAACCGCAUAGAUUACCAACAGAUUUAAAGUAUAUUUUAAAGUGGACGCAAGCUAUGACUCACUACUCAAAUCCGGACUUUAAUAACGGACAGAGGCCAUUUCUGGACAAUAACUGUCCAUUUUACAAUUGUUUCAUGACAAAUGAUAAAAGCCUACUGGUGGAUCCCAGAUAUUUUGACGCUAUAUUAUUCGACGUUGAAAACGAUUGGGAUUUUCAUCCGUAUAUCAGAGCAUUGCAUCAGAAGUACAUCUUUACUGCUUCUGAACCAGCCGGUCUCUACCCUGUCUGCGAACCUUUUUACAACAACUACUACAACUGGACUUGGAGUUAUAGACUUGACUCAACAAUUCCCCAACCAUUUUUCAAUAUCUACUUCAAAAACGGUACAAUUGCUGGGCCUCAGUUGAAAAUGCAAUGGCUUGAAAAUUCUUACUCUCUCUCGCUGCAUAUAAAAUCGAAGCUAAAAAGGAAAACAAAGCUGGCCGCUUGGUUUGUAUCACACUGCAAAACAAAAAGCAAACGGGAAAAUCUUGUAGCCGACUUGAAUAAAUAUCUGGGAAUGUAUAAUUUGACAAUAGACAUUUACGGUCUGUGUGGUAAACAUACUUGUCCUAAGGACGAUCUGAAUACCUGUUCGGAGAUGUUGCAGACGGACUAUUACUUUUAUUUGGCGUUUGAGAACUCGCUAGAUGAGGAUUAUGUGACGGAAAAAGUGUUGAACGCUUUGAAUUAUUAUACUGUGCCAAUAGUUUACGGCGGUGCUGAUUAUUCUAGGUUUUUGCCACCAGACUCGUAUAUUGACGCGAAAAAAAUGUCCCCAGCGGCGCUGGCAUCCUUGAUGUUUGAAAUCAGCAAGGACCCGGCCACUUAUUUUACAUAUUUCGCAUGGCACCACAAAUACAAUUACAAAGCCAACUCCCUAGGUUCGAACCUCUGCCAGCUCUGCGAAAUGCUCAACGACUCCCAUCAGCCUUCAGAACUUAGGAACUUCACUCAGUGGUGGAACACUGAGGGCAACUGCCAGGAAAAGGUGUCUGAUGCAAAGGAAUUAAAUAAUCAAAUAAGUUAACUAAAGAUUAUUUGUUUGUUGAUGAAGAUUACACUUUAAAACUUCUUUAGCAAGAAUUUAAAUAUGCAUUUUUGUUCUCAAAAUAAGGUUUCACACAUGUUUUAGAAGAAAUCUACGUGGAUCUUGAAAAUUAUCUUGGAGGUAGUUUUAAUAUAUAAAACUUUUUAAUAAAGUUCUGAUUAAGCGAUGGUGGCCGAGUGGAUUUCUGACGUCAAAUGCUGGCUCGUAAUGCUGGAUUAACAUAGCGUAAUUUAUACUGUAAUUUAUUAUUAUGAAAUAAAUUAAAUCAAAUCGUACCAAUGAGUUUUUCGGAACCUAUGUACGGAAUAUCAUUUGAUAUUUACCACUAGCUUUUCGGAGAAGGAGAACAUCGUGAGAAAACCUGUAUACAUCCGCCAAUAAAUUCAAUGGUAUAUGUGAACUCCCCAACCCGCAUUGGGCCAGCGUGGGGAUUAUAGCCCAAUCCCUCUCGCGCAUGAGAGGCCUGUGCCCAGCAGUGGGACGUAAAUAGGCUGAAUUACCCAUCAUGGAACAAUGGUGGCCGGACAUUUGGGAGGCGUGCAUGGAGCCAAAGCCAACACGUAGAGGCACUUUAAUAAGAUGUAAGGGGUACACGAGCGGUUGCUGCCCUUGCCUGUGUCAUGGGACGGCCGCAGAUGCAGCACCCGCUAAGAUAUAACGAAUAUUACGUGUUAUUACUAUGAGUAUUAACGAUGGAAUACAUUCUGGGCUAUGAUUGAAAAGACCGAACGCCUGCGUAAUAAAACGGUAUGCGAUUUUAUUUCCAGACAGACGUCGACUCGCCCGUUCAAGAUGGGUCCCUACAAAAAUCGAUUUCUCGGAUGUCUCAAUUAUUAUUAUAAUCGCGUUCAGAAAAUAAGUCAGGAAAACCCUUUUUAUUUGUUCUUAUUUAUUUAUAUUUUAAAAGCUACUGUUUAUUUUCACAACAC